AUGGACCUCAAGACCAAGAACUGGAAGAAGGUUUCUGGAGCUGUGAGGAAGACCACCUUCAAGAUUCCGAAGCUGAUUCCGUUUAACGAGUACCAGUUCUGCGUCAGCGCGCAGAACAUACACCCCCGGGCCGCCUGUCCAUGUGCAGGUCCGCGAGAUCACCAGGGAGAGCCUGAAGCUGCUCUGGUCCCCGCCCGAGAACGACGGCGGCUCCGAGAUCGUCGGCUUCCUGGUGGAGAGGAAGGAGAAGACCAGCGUGCGCUGGGAGCUCCUGAACAAGACCAACCCGACCCGCCUAAGAAGGUGGACAUCACAGAGAUCACUCCCAUCACGGUCUCGCUGGCGUGGGUGAAGCCGGACUACGACGGCGGAUCACGCAUCACGAGUUACGUCGUGGAGAAACUUCGCACCAGCGUGGAGGACGCCCAAUGGGAGCGCUGCACGGUCCUCAGCCUCACGCGAUGCACCGUGACCGACCUCGUCCCGCACGAGGAGUACCGCUUCCGCGUCUCCGCGCAGAACUACGGAGCCAUCAGCGAGCCCAGGGAGACAACCGCUGUCGUCUGCAAGGAACAGAUUGUUCCCGCCUCUAUUGACCUGAGCGCUGUGACGUCCGAUGUCCUGAUCCUGAAGGAAGGACAGGACUUCAUCCUGAAGCUGCAUGGCAUGCCCACCCCCGCCGUCACCUGGUACAAGGGACUCGGUGUCUUCCGUGAGACCAUACGCGUCGUCACCAAGACGGUCGGCGGCGUCACGCAGCUCAUCUUCCGCAAGUGCGAGAAGGUCGACGGCGGGACUUACACGGUCGUGGUGGCCAACCCAGCCGGGAAGCAGACUGCUGAGAUCCAGUUCAGGGUGGGGCUUGGCAAAGACACUGUUAACACUUGAGCAUGUAUGAUAUACAUGUACCACCACACCAGUCUGCUGUCUUAUGCAGCAUGUGGGUCUUUGAAAAUUUAUCAUGUAAGAUUCAGUGCGAAAGGGAUUGUAGCACAAGUCUUAACUUCUAUGUGAGAUGAUGUUCCUAAAAGUCAGUCCUCUUCAGAGAAUCUAACCAAUUUAAGGUGGGGCUUUGAAAACUAUCCAUGUGCAAAAGAGAUUGUGACGACAAACCAGAACCAGAGGCCGCUCACGGAAACAAAACUCCUGGCGAGGAAGAAAGCUUUGCCUACAAGGCUAAAGGUACGUCUGAACACACACUCACAAAUCAGGGACCAGUCAGUACUGCUAUAGUCUGUAGGGCCCGAAAGCUCCAAAUCAUUUAUACUAAACUCAUAUUAUAUAAUUAGUUGGAAAAUGUAUAGCCUCCUUCGCAGUCUUGUUGGGCGUCGGCGUUAUUUUUUCUCUGAGCGACGCAAGUAGUAUGCGGCCGCGAGGGACGAUUUGCUGCCGAGGGAGUUUUUGCCACGGAGA